CCCAGGGCCCAGGAGUCUGAUAAGGAAGCUCUUCCAGUAAACAGAGCUAAUUUGCAAGGAAAUACCUGAAGACCUGCAGGAGCUUCUACCAACAAGACCCUCAUUUGCCUCCUGCAGAAUCUUUAAUGCAUGUGCUCCACCUUUCUGACACAACUAUCCUAGAGACUGAGGCUUAGGUGGAGAAAAGCAGGGCUAGAAUUGGAACCCAAAGCCCAGAAUGGCAAGAGAGGAUGUGGGGGCUCCACCCGAUCGUCUCUGGGUUCACCAAGAAGGUAUCUACCGCGACGAAUAUCAGCGCACAUGGGUAGCUGUGGUGGAAGAGGAGACAAGUUUUCUAAAGGCUCGAAUCCAGCAAGUUCAGGUUCCCUUAGGUGAUGCAACUAGGCCAAGUCACCUUCUUACCUCCCAACUACCUCUCAUGUGGCAACUCUACCCAGAGGAGCGCUACAUGGAUAACAACUCUCGCUUGUGGCAGAUUCAGCAUCAUUUAAUGGUCAGGGGAGUACAGGAACUACUGCUGAAACUUUUGCCUAAUGAUUAACCUGGUGCUGGAAUUCUUGGAAGAUACACUCCUUUGUUCGAUCCAUUAUAUGGCAAUCACCUCAUUCACCACUGCAGUGCUCCCACCCUUGGGCCCAGGGAGGUGGGGGGGCAUAGUUUGAACUGCUCAAAAACACAGAUGUUUAGGAAGGGU